CCGAGCGUGCGCUGCAGUUUGAACUUGAAGCCGGUGGGUGUAGCGAUGGCCACCAAACUGCUUCCCCUGUGUAAGCUUUCAAGGAUACUGAGACUGCCAUCUUCUUCUUCUUCUUCUUCUUCCUCUUUCAGGAAGUGUUCAUAUCUUCUUGAAGCUUCAGUAUCUCUCCUCGAUAUUUCCAGUAAUGUUCAUCAAUUUCAUCCUCCGUCUUUUUCUCGAACCUUCUGCUCCCGCCCUCUGGAUUUCAACGGUGAUCAUUCUCAAGGCCCUGCCACUAUUGAUUAUAGUUCUCUGAUGCAGGAGGGAGAGUUUCAUAGACUAGCUGAUCUCACAAUACAGGAACUGCAAGAGAAACUAGAGGAAUAUGGCGAUAAACUCCAAAUUGAUGGCUUUGACGUGGACUAUGGGAAUGAGGUACUGACCUUAAGGCUCGGCAAUCUUGGCACUUAUGUCUUGAACAAACAAACGCCAAACAGACAAAUUUGGCUUUCUUCACCUUUAAGUGGUCCAUCGAGGUUUGAUUGGGAUCAGAACUCUCAGGCUUGGAUUUAUAGGCGGAACAAAGCAAACCUGUUGAGCAUUUUAGAAACUGAAUUGGCGCAGAUCUGUGGUGAGCCGAUUGUUUUUUCUUGAGCCGUUUCAAAUAACUGGGACAGGUUAGGUUGUUCUGAAGCAUUGAGACGCAGAUUUAUGUAGCUCGUUAAGUUUGGUUCACGUUCUUAAUUAUGACCAGAGCCCCACGUUUCUUAUUUUCGUUCUACCUGUUGCAUGUUAUAUGCAAUCAUAUUUUCGAAUUUCUAGUGUUUAUACUAUUACAUUUAAUAAUUAACCUAAACUGAACCGAGCAUAGCUCAUCACUAUGAUAUAAAACAUUCUUUUGAAAGGUCAAAAAUUUAAGUUA